ACCAUGGUGGAGGAUUAAGGGAGGAAGUAGGCCGAAUGAGACGGGAAAGUCAAAUUGUUCUUUAAUAGCUUUUUCGUCUGACUUCUAUCCCCUAAUAAAACAAUUUCUUCUUCUCAGGCACCAGAAACAACAUUAAAAUUUUGGACAUAUUUUAUUUUUUCUCACAAUGCUUCUGGUGUAUUCGUGGAUAUGAUGUAUGGGAGAUUCGUAACACACUGACAAAGAAAGUCCAUACCUAGUCCACCCGUUAUCGCAUUAGCAGUAGUAUAGCAAUCAAAGUUAAUCUAAACAACAUACAAUGUUGGAAUGUGAUCGUAGCUUGUAUCGGCUAUCUAUCGUCUAAUUACUUUCUGGACCUUCUGUACAGUAUUCCCGGUUGCUCACCAUUCUCGCAUCGCCAUCGUAGAGUGUAUAUGCUUGAGUCAAUCACCACAGAGAUCUAUUUUUAUUGAAUCAGUUUUUUUUUUCAAUCUUCAUCACCAACGUUUCUUUCUGGAAACAGAUAACGGUCAUUUUCUCGAGUUUCAUUGGUCGAGAGAUUCAUUGGAUACAAUUUUAGAAAGUUGAUUCAUCAUGAAGAUUUUAGUCAUCUUCCUUUUCUUCGCUGCAACGUUAUGCACAUACGCCAAUGCCGUUAUUGAUUAUGCUUGCCCCCACGGUUGGACUGAGCGACAUGGAUUCUGUUACCGAUUCUUCGAAGAGAUGCUACCCUGGUCGGAUGCAGAGACAAGAUGUCAUGAACACUUCGACUCCUUUGGCAUAGCUCAUCUCGUAUCCAUUCAUGACCAAGCCGAGAACGACUUCAUCUACCAAACAUUCAUCUCAGGCAUUCGUGAUAGAUAUAGCCCAGACACCGAUCUACCAUCUGGGAUUUGGAUAGGAUUCUACCAGGAGGUACAAAAUGGUCCAUGGGUGUGGUCUGAUGGUUCCUCAAACGAUUUCAACCAUUGGUUACCAGGACAACCUGAUAACGGCUACCACGCACGAGGUCGAGUUAAUGAAGACUGCGUCAUCAUUUGGAGAAUCGACAACGACUCGAAAUCUACACGACAAUGGGACGAUAUACAAUGUAACACCCAUGGAGGGAUGAGUUUCGUCUGUAAGAUGCCGGCUGUGGCCGAGUCUAAUGAUAUUUUAUGACUCUAAUGAUAUCGAUAUUUGCUUCAAAGCAGCUUAUGACUUGUAAAAGAACACAAAAUUUAGAAUUUCAUUCCUUCAAGAGUGAAUUUUUAAGAAUAACUUUACGUUGAUUUUGAGUUUUUGAAGGUUAUGCCAAUUUCAUGUUUUUGUGUGGUCUAAAAAUAUAGUGAAAUAAAUGAUUGACUCAUUUCUGUGCUUAUCAUAAUGAAAUCAAAUUUAUUCCAAUAACAUAGUCAUGGUUUCAGGUUUCUCCUUGAACAUUUAAAAUUGCCAAUUACCAUGAUCUUUUUUAUUGUCAAUCUUAUAUACAACAACAAAAUGCCACAUUCUCUUAUAAAGAUAAGGAUGCAAAAGAAAUUGCGAGUGUGUAUCAUCAUCGUCUCUCUCAUCUACAUAUCACCCAUGUUUUUUCAACAAAACUGUUUUGAAUUCUGGAUAAUAAAUUAAAUCAUUUGUAUGAAAAUAUUGAAUCAGUGUGAUCCUGAUAAACGUUGAGACCGACAGAGCCCAUGAUUGUAUACCGUGUGCCUGUGUGUGUGUGGGUGGGUGAGUUUGUUUGGUGUGAUCGAGCGCCUUUAGAACGAUUCAUGAUUUUGCCCCCCCCCCCCCCCAAUCUGAAAAAUGGAUCGACGCCCCUGGACAGGCUAUGUUCAACUUCUACACAUCGAUGUAAUAUUAUAUCUAAGGAAAAUGGUAAUCGACAUGUAGAUGACUAUCCAGAAUACAGUGGCGAUUCUAGGGGGGUGAUUAUGGGUUUACCCCCUUCCCUUAUAUAAUUUCUCCCUUAGCACGCUUAGAAAUAGAAAGUUGGAUCAAAUUCCGACACCCGGCCUCUUCCCUAUACUUAUGAGGGUCGCGCAAGCAGAACAGAUGCGGAUCUACAGGGAAGGAGUGGGGGAAGGGUAUAGGACGCAUUUAUGUCGCACCUCAUCGUGGGUCAAACCAACUUGUCCCCCCUUCCCUUUGCAAAAAAAAAUUGAUUUGAUUUGAUUUAUUUUUCUUCUGCGUUCACAACAUUCGUAUACAAUACAAUUUUCAUUACGUAACAAACAUAAUAUAUCAGUAAUUGAUUUUGGUAUGAAUCAUAAAGAAAAAAAUACAUAAUAAAAAAGUCAUUUUAAACAAAUAUGAUCUACUACCAACAAAGAAAAUUUAACAUUUACAGUUUGCAGGAAAAGGAUUGUCAUUAUAAGCAGAUUGCUUGAAAAAAAUAGAUCCGCUACUGUAGUAAUAAUUCACAAUUCUUUAUGUAUAUCUGUGUGUAUAUAGGAAACGUCGAAAUUUUUUAAACAUUUGAUUGGGAAAAGAGUCGCUUAACUUUCGGAUUUUUUUGUUAUCAGUUAUCAAUUCAAAACCGGAUAUUGAACUUUUCAAAUAUGGGUUUUCGUUUUGAAAUUUGAUCAGAUCGAUGGCUUGAUAUGACCAUUUUAAUCUACUUCUGAUGAACACGUAGGGCUUGUUAUGAUCAUACAAUCACGAAAAGAGCAGGAUUCAAAAGUGUUGGAUGAGGACUGAAUUGAAAAGCUGCAAAACGAGCAGAAAUAGACAUGAAGGGUCAAUAAAGAACACGAUUCUUUGUCUGAGUCAAUAUAGAGAUGAAAAUCCGUUCAAAUCAA